AUGAAGAACUUGCGAUGUGAGCAAUUCGUCUAUGAAGGACGAGGAGGCAACAACAAUCAGUUUGAUACCCUUAGCGAUUGCGAACGCUUCUGUUCACCUCAACCUGGGACGCAAAAAUAUGUCACUUCACCGACCACCACAUCAGUACGUCCACCGGCUCCUGCGUCAGUUCCCGUUCCCCAACCACCCAUUCCCCAACCACCACUUCGUCCAGUAGCCACCGAACCUGUGCGGGAUAAACAGACCAUCGAGGACAUUUUGGACUACGAUGAAAAGGUAAGCUAUAAAAAAGGGAGCAUCGUCGAUGAGCUUCUAAGUAACAAAUAUGGUAAAUUGCAGUUGACUCAAUUCGUCGAUGCAUCGGACCCUGCCUCUUCGAACAAUGUUCCUCCAAGCGGAGCUACGGGCAAUUCGAUCGACAACAGGGGUCCCUCCAUUCUUGGGCCUGAUCCUCCAGCGGAAUCUGUAAGCUCUCCCGGCUCACAGCCCAAGCCACCUGCAGUACAAGCUGCCAAAACAGUCGUACACAAAGAGAGAAUCCCUGAAACAUCUGCUAACAAGGCGGCUGUUCCGGAGCGAAGGAAGGAGAUCUACAAGGCAGAGCCUCUUCCUUCUAAACCACCUGCGACGGGUAACGAAAACCUUCCGAUCGUUGGACCAAGCCCACCGAUGUCUGUUAAUUACCAAACUGGAGAGGUAAAGAACAAAGCAAGCGGCAUUCGCACUUUCCUGCAGUCAAAUUCGAGAGCCAUUAUUGAGGACUCAGAUCUUACCGAGGGCCAGGAGGAUAGGAAGGACUCGUUAUCGUGUCCCAAUGGAUUACAGGAACUUCGAUAUGCGGAUGGACGACCUGUGAUGUGCCUUCCAGGAAAGAAUCAGUGCCCGGAGAAAUCGGUCUGCUUCUUCAAUGGAAUGGACUUCUUCUGCUGCCCCAACGAGGAGGAUCCCUACGACAAGCACGUGUUUGGAGGUUACGGCGGUGAAGAGAUAAAGCAUGGCUACAAAGUGUUCGGACCAUUGAAUAUUCGGCGACUGAUGGACGAAGUGCCACUUCGAGUUCGUCGACAAGCGAGAUCUAUCCGAACUCGCCGUCAGGCUUCAAGCAACAUCUUCAGCUCUGCACCUGCCGCUUUCAACAUCGACUCCAUUACUGCGCCACUACGUUUUGACGAUGAAAAGCCUCGAACGGUCUCAAGAGCUCAGCGAAUGCGUGUCAAUCCAGCUCCACCACAUCAUGGCAACCCUAUUUGUAUUGAGCCCUUGGUUACUGGCGACUGUGCUGCGGCGCACUUGAGGUACUAUUACGACCGUGACUCAGACAAGUGUCGACUGUUCUACUACACUGGCUGCAAAGGAAACAACAACAACUUUGGUAGCAUCGUUGAUUGCCAACGACUCUGUGUUCUUGGCGGGCAGCGGCCUCGGCCGGAAUCUGCUGACUCCACACCUCCACCUAUUCUUCAAGGACAGUGUCCCGAUGGAAAAACACCUCUUGGCGGAUCGGCACCUGUUCUUUGUGGAAAUACAACCGAUUCCAUCGGUUGUCCUGCGGGAUAUUAUUGCCUCCAUGGUCCGCCUGACGUCUGCUGUGCCAACAGCGAACCGGAGGAAAGAAUUCCCAGUGGCCUGGAGAAAAAAGUAGAAAAGGAAUCAGUGAGAUUUGCUCCUGAGGUACGUGGUGUACCACGAGCUCAUGCUCGUAACAUUCUGCUCUCCACCCCGAAAUACAUGUGCCCCGACGCCUCCGAUCCUCUUAUGGCAUCGAACGGAGAACCUAUAGGCUGCGGUGCUGGAUUCGAUGGAAUGAAACUCUGUCCAAAGGGAUUCUACUGCGCAAUAGACGUCGAGAAGCAGUCGCGAAUGUGCUGUCCUUUGUAUGGAGCAGCUGAAAGAGUUCCUACAGAACAAGGAUCUACGCCAUAUUUGGGAAGACGUCCUUCAAAUCCUGGCGAAGUGUUGGAGCGCGGAUCACUGCCAUCAGACCAGUCUGAGUUCAUCACUAAAGCAAUGAAAGAAAAAAUGCAAGAGCGAAAACGUCAAAAGGUGGAAACCACAACUUCUGUUUUCGCUGAAGAAUCGGAAGAGCUUGAGGAUGACAUGGAAGAUGAGGAGGACGAGAAUGGAAUGGCUCAUCUUAUGCUGAAACCUGCCGAAGCUCCCAAGACAAUUGCCGCGACUGGACUAACGACAGCGUUGCCCGAAUCCGAAGAUGAACAUAUCAUUGACCUACCCACUGAGCCGCCAGCAGUAGAGGAAAUGCCAGUCGCGAAGACAGUUGAGGACAAAUCUGUGUGUCAUAUCAAGCCUUCCGAAGGACGCGCCUGCCGUGAGGACGAAGUGCCACCCCGAACCAACCUGCAUUAUUUCUACUCGCCCAAAGACCGUCGUUGUAAGCUCUACUUCUAUCGCGGUUGUGGUGGAAAUGCGAAUCGGUUCGAGAAGAAAGCUGAUUGUGAACGACUCUGUUUGUCGUAG